UGUCUACUGUUUUGUCUCUCGAACCGGAGCUUUGACAUGACUGGACACAUGACCCCAUAGCUUCGCGUGUUGAGUUCGUGUCUCCUUUGGUUGGGCAAGCACGUGAGGGAAGGAGGCGGCCCCCACAGCGCGCGAGAGCAGGGGGGCUGGGUUACGGGUAGUGGAGCGGCAGACUGGGGAGGCGCGCGAUAAAAGAAGAGGAGGAACUCUUGAAGCAUUAAAACAACUGUAUGCGAGAUCGGCGGCGGGUCAGAUUCUUCUGCUCAGAGCUGAUUCGGGGGACUAAUUCCUCUCUAAACGACAAGUCCGACGGCAGUCACCCUAGCCAGAGCGCACUGAGGUUUCAGGCAGUCACGCCAAGAUUUCAGGACUCCUCUUAACGAGCCUGGGCUCGCGGCUCCUUUGCUCACCUCCGCAAGCCGCCGGUGAAGAAAAUCGACGGAACUCCUGAUUUCAGCACCCGGGGGGAAGGACAGCUCCACUCCCUCCUCCCUCGCCUGCCAGACCCGCCACACUUUUCACCCCGCUAACAGACGCACGCUACCGUUUUCCUGAGCAGGUCCUGAACACUUCGCACAUAUGAGCACCCCUGGCUCAGCACGCAACUCAUCACAAGUGUUCGACUAACACACUACGACCAUCGGACGUCAGCGCUCCGACUUGAGCUCAAUAUGUACCAGGGCCAUUCGCAGGGGAGAGACGCUAGGGCCCAAGAUAAGGCGGUUGCCAUGGUGCUGAAGGAGAUUCCCACUAAGGCAUCCCCCGAAGGAAAACCCCUCCUCACCGCCACAACCAAGCUGGUGGGUGAACAGCAGGAGAGCCGUCCUCUGCUCAGCCCCUCCAUAGAAGACUUCCUGAGUGAGACCAAGAGCAACGCAACCUCCCGCCCCGUGACCUCCAACACUGCAGUGCUCUCCUCCUCGCUGGACCUGCUGGACCUGAGUGAGCCGGGUGAGAGGAGGAACAGUAAGGACAGGAAGAGCCCUCUGUCUGUGCGGGCCGAGGGGUCAAAGGUCACACUGCACAGGAAGAGAUCAGUAGAGACAGAGCUGAUCCAGGUGGACGUGGAGCAGACCAGCACCUCCUCACGGACACAGGAGAGGGAAUCAGGAAAUGCUCCCUCCCCUCUAGAGAAGUGGGAGGAGCUUAAUCCCCACCCUGAGAGAACUGGCAGCAGGAAGUGGAAGCUGGAGAGGAGACGCUCGUCCAAGAACUCAUCCAGCGAGCUGCUGUGGUCUGUGGACAAUAAGGCCCAGCUGGAUAUUGGUACUAAACCCACACUGGAGGUGAAUACCAAAGCUGAGGCCGAGGCCACCCCUGCUUCUCAGCUCCACAGGCAGUUUGUUAGUGGAAAACAUGGUCGUCUGGGUAAAGACCAGCGAUGGGGCAGCGCUCUGCUCUCAAGAAACCAGUCACUGGAAGAGGAGUUUGAGAGGGCCAAAGCUGCAGUGGAGUCAGACACAGAGUUCUGGGAUAAGAUGCAGGCAGAGUGGGAGGAGCUUGCCCGGCGGAACUGGUUGACGGAGAAUGAGCAGCCAGAGAUUCCAUCCAGCGUAUCACCAAUGGAGAAGGGCUACUACUUCCACACGGAUAACCCCUAUAAGGACUGGACCAACGCCUUUGAGGAGGGCGUGCGGAAGUCUCGUGAGGGCGACCUGCCCAAUGCUGUCCUGCUGCUGGAGGCGGCCAUAUUGCAGGACCCACAGGACUCUGAGGCAUGGCAGGUGCUGGGGAACACACAAGCAGAGAACGAGAACGAGCAGGCAGCGAUUGUCUCCCUCCAGAGGUGUCUGGAGCUGCACCCCAACCACCUGGCGGCGCUGCUGUCGCUGGCGGCGAGCCUGACCAACACUGGCAUGCGACAGGACGCAUGCGAGGCCCUGCUGCGCUGGCUGCGCCACAACCCUAAAUACAAACACAUCCUCAAGGGCCACACACACCUCCACCUGCCCGCCUCCCCCCUCACGCAGAGGAGGCUGUCCCGCGUCUCCAACAACAACAGCAGUUCUCUCCUGCCGGAGUUGAAGGAGUUGUUUCUGGAGGCGUCUCAGCACUCAGACUCCAUUGACCCUGACCUGCAGACGGGAUUGGGCGUCCUGUACAACCUCAGUCACGAGUUCAACAAGGCCGUGGAUGCCUUUAACGCAGCACUCUCCGUCAGACCAGAGGACUACCUGCUGUGGAAUCGCCUGGGGGCUACGCUUGCAAACGGGGACCGGAGUGAGGAGGCGGUGGAGGCCUACACCCGCGCCCUCCAGCUCCACCCAGGCUUCAUCCGCUCACGCUACAACCUGGGGAUCAGCUGCAUCAACCUGGGGGCUCACAGGGAGGCAGCGAGUAACUUCCUGACGGCGCUGAGCCUCCAGAGGAAGAGCCGCAGCAGCCAGCUGGCGCAGCAGGUGAUGUCGGGGAGCAUCUGGGCGGCGCUGCGCAUCGCCCUCUCCCUGAUGGACCAGCCCGAGCUCUUCCAGGCCGCCAACAUUGGGGACCUGGACCACCUCAUGCGCGCUUUCAACAUGGACAUGUGAUUGGCCCCGCUCCCCCCGUCCCUCCGCAACACCCCGCCGUCUGCACCAAUGAGAGUAGACAAACCCUUUACCUGUGGGAGGAGCAUAGGUUUGAGGGCGGGGUUUGGAUUUGUUUGUUUGUUUGUUUUUUAGUUUAUCUGUUUCCUGCGUACCACUGUAGCAUAGCUCUGACUGCUGUAGAUAGGGUUCCUGAACAGCAGCAGAAGUGAAUUGGCCUUAGAGAACUUAUCUAGAACUAGAGCUUAGAGCCUAGAGCCAAAGCCAGGCAGUAGAACUGCACAGCACCUUACAAGCGGAACUGGAGAGACGGAGCGCUGACCUUUAACUUAGGGGUCGAGAGGUCAUGUUGUAUUUGUCCAUCAUGGGAUGCCCUCUGACCUCUUUAGUGUUUACCUGCUGUCGUCCUGGAGAUGUCGCGCUGCAUGAGUCGAGACCCCUCCUGGAUCAGGUUUUUAGAAUGUUCUAGAAUAUUCCUCUGCUCUCUUCCUGUUUCUCUAAUCCUGAUGAUCCCACACACAAACACACACACACACACUCACUCACACACACACACUAACCCUUCCCGUUUCUCUAAUCCUGACGAUCCCACUGCCACUGGCCAGACCACAGGCACAGCCUUACACACACACACACACACACACACACACACUUCCUGUAGCUAGCUGUCUGGAGUGAAAGCCUUACUCCAGGUGCAUGCCAUAUUUAUCCUUCUCUGACUCUGGAGACCUCUGGUACAAACGUAAGCCAUCUCCUGCCUCUGGAUGCAGGUAUACUCCACACACACACACACACACACACACACACACACACACACACACACACACACACACAGACACAGACACACA